AAAAGCACAAACCACCACCAACCAUUACACAAAACACAAUAAUGCUUUGAAAACAAAACCUCAAAACCACAAAUGGAAGCCACCUGCUACUCAUUCCAUCUCUCACAAUCUUCAACCAACAUCUCCAAACUCCCAAUUCCUAUUCCAUUUCCAAAACCACCCCACAAAACCCACCGGAAUCACCGGUUCCAACCCUCACACAUCUCAGCAGCACUCAAUUCCCCCAAAGGCUUUGGCCCACCCCCUCCCAAGAAAAUUACCAAAAAGACCCUGAAGCCAAAGAAAGUCAACAAUGAAGAAGAAGAUGAUGAUGAUGAAGAGUUGGAGAGAGAAGCAGGUGUGAUUCCAGAGGUGGUGACAAACAGGAUGAUGGGUAGAAUUGGGCUUUCAGUUGGGAUUCCAUUGUUUAUAGGGCUGUUGUUUUUUCCAUUUUUUUAUUAUCUGAAAGUUGGGUUGAAGAUUGAUGUGCCCACUUGGGUGCCUUUCAUUGUGUCAUUUGUCUUCUUUGGGACAGCCUUAUUGGGUGUUAGUUAUGGGAUAGUGUCCACUAGUUGGGACCCUAUGAGGGAAGGCUCUCUCUUGGGGUGGAAUGAGGCUCAAAAGAAUUGGCCUGUGUUUUGGCAAUCUAUUUGGGGUUCAUCUGAUUCCAGGAAGAGGUUUUGAACCUUUUCGGUUGUAUAAUCUUUUCAAAAUGUUUCCUUAUAAUAAAUAUAGAGAAUAAUAUUUUGUCUACAAUGCCAAUUUUUGUUUUGAUC